AUGAAGCCCCUAUACUUUCGAGCGCUCAUCGUCAGUGGCUUGCUGUCCGCCAUGUUUUAUGGCGCUUGGGGUGGCUCCGUACGAGAGGCACCGGCACCUGGUGCUCAUGCACUCGAUCACGAGACGGUGAAGACGGCACCGGCACCUGAUGCUCAUGCACUCGAUCACGAGACGGUGAAGACGGCACUGAGUGCCCAAGCUACCACCAGCGCCGAGCAAGAAGAUCGAGGGUGGAAGAUUCCCGACGUUGUCCCUUUCCUCCAUGGCUUGGGUCCAGCCAAGUUCGAGAGGGUUCCGCCAGAUACAGGGUACAUCGCCCAUUUGAACCUUGAUGUUGGCAAGGGUGAAGGUCUCCGUCGCAUACAAGCUCCAUCCCCCUUCGACGGCGAGGCCGAAAGGAUAGUGGAAUGGAUGGCUCUCAACCUGUUUUCACACGUCUCAUCCAUGAAUCCGCCUCGGCAUUCGGUCGAGCUUGCUAAGAUACUGGAAGGCUUGAGUCCGUCAAGAGCGGCACUCGUGCUUAAACAUGCGAGUAAACUCAGAGGGACACAAGCGUGGGUUGAAAUGGCUGAGCAGACUCUGGCUGAAAGGGUUACAUCAAGGAAAUUCACCGAUGGGGGAAAUGGUCAUGUCAAGUCGCCGGUCGCUGGCGAAAAGGCAGCACUCAUCCUUUCCUUCAAGUGGAAGGAGUUGCAACUAGAGAGUCUCUAUCAACGGAUUUUCUUCAACAGCGCACAAGAACCGACUACUCUGCAGCUGGAAAAGAACGUUGCUCAGCAAUUAGGCGAUCUGCCUCUUGACGAUGCUGCAAUCGUGGUUCAAAUCGCGAAGAAACACAGCAAGACGAGUAAACUUGCUGAAAAAGUUCAAAAAAAACUGUUUGAUCAGUUCAAGCGCGCGGGUUACACGCCUGAGGACAUGGAAAUGGGUUGGUUGCUGCCGGCUAGUCAAUUUGACAAGUCUAUUUACGGUGGACUUGUUAAAGCGCUUAUCGACGAUUACAAGAAUGCUUACACGUGGCGGAGAUACUUGUUUGGAUAA